CUUUGUUUAUUUUUCAUAUUCUAUUAGGUUUUGGUCCAAGCAAAUUUGAUAUGGCAAUGAGUUCUAAUUACUUAGACGCAACUUUGAAGGAAACAUUUCGGAGGAGCCCUUUCAAAUUCGCUAAUACAAAGGUUCCUCAUGCUGGUCUAGGCGACAGUGUCUCUCCUAUAAAAGAAGUUCCUGAAGAAGAAGAAGUUCCAAAUGACCCCGUCAAUAUCCAGAUUCCAUUCAUCGAAUCAGCUCUUUCCACAUCUCGGCUUCGCGGAAAGAAUACGAACGUAUAUUAUGAGUAUAUACAAUUAAGUCAAGGAAUAAGCCAAGGUCGUGUAGAAAUCGUGAAGGACUUCUUGAAUCAUCAUCCGGACUCAGUGGACGAAUGGAUAAACCUUUACGAGACGCCAUUGUUAAAGGCUUGUGCGUGUGGGAAACCCGAGAUUGUUAAAGAGCUUCUACGUCGUAUGACACCUGAACAAAUGCUUCCCAAGAUGAGCCAAAACGCUUCAUACCACACGCCUCUCACUGUUGUUGCGGUUAGUGGAAACAUGGAGAUUGCUGAAGCCUUAGUCGCCAAGAACCCUAAGCUGCUAGAGAUUCCUGGAAUCAAUGGACAAAUUCCGGUUGUGGUUGCGGUUGAGAAUACACAGAUGGAGAUGGCUCGCUAUCUUUACACCAGAACUCCGGUUCAAGUGUUACUUGACCAAGAUGGGUAUCACGGUUCUUUGCUCUUUCUCAAUGCCAUCUUCUAUAAAAUGCUUGACAUCGCGUUGGAUCUGUUCAACAUGAGCAGACGCUUAGCCGUCACAAAACACUCGCAAAUCGAGUCGAUACCCAUCAUUGUCUUGGCUUCAAAGCCAGAUCUUUUUCCUGGUGGCUGCUAUCUUGGACCAUUGACACGUUUCAUCUACUCUUGGAUACAAGUAAAGCUGCCAACUCUUCCACAGCCUUCUCGUUCAAACAGAGAUCAGCAGAAUACUCUGAUGAGGAAACUGCUCAAAGGCCUCUCCAAAUGGACUGGAAUAGAUGAAGUGUACCGACUUAAGGUCAUGCAUCUACAAGCCAAGAAGCUUCUACUGGGAAUAUCAGAAGAAACAUUGGCCUUGGGCUUGAAGGAACGUUCCGAGACAGUGGAUGAGGCUUUACUCUUUGCAGUGAGAUAUGGGAAUGUGGAUUUCUUGGUGGAAAUGAUCAGAAACAACUCCGAGCUUCUAUGGUCCACGAGAACAAGCUCGAGCAGUACUCUGUUUCUCUUGGCCGUCGAGUUCAGACAAGAGAAGGUGUUUAGUCUCCUAUACGGUCUGGACGACAGAAAGUACUUGUUGCUCGCAGACAAGGACUGUGAUGGAAAUGGUGUGCUUCAUCUCGCUGGCUUUCCGUCUCCUCCUUCCAAGCUCUCUAGUGUCGUUGGCGCACCUUUGCAGUUGCAACGCGAGUUACAAUGGUUCAAGGUUUGCUCUGUUUCUCUCAUGCAUAGCUAAAACAGAGGAAACAGAGGUCUAAACUGUUUCCUUGAUUAAUGCAGGAAGUGGAGAGAAUCGCACCGGAGAUCGAGAAGGAGAGAGUAAACACAGAAGAGCAAACACCGAUCGAGAUAUUCACAAAGGAGCACCAAGGACUGCGACAAGAAGCAGAGAAAUGGAUGAAAGACACGGCUAUGUCAUGCAGCUUAGUCGCGGCACUCAUCGUCACGGUCACCUUUGCGGCGGUCUUCACUGUCCCUGGUGGCACAGACGACAAUUCAAAAGGUAAACCCUUUCACCUACGUGAUCGGCGAUUCAUCAUAUUCAUCGUCUCAGAUUUGAUCUCCUGCUUCGCCUCUUGCACCUCCGUCCUCAUCUUCCUCGGGAUACUAACCGCAAGAUACUCCUUCGACGAUUUCUUGGUCUUUCUGCCGACAAAGAUGAUUGCCGGACUUUCGAUACUGUUCGUUUCAAUAGCGGCGAUGCUUAUAGCAUUCUCGUCGGCGCUAUUCACGAUGAUGGGUAAAGAAGGGAAAUGGAUUGUUGCUCCGACGAUCCUUUUUGCUUGUUUACCGGCGCUGUUGUUUGUUCUGCUUCAGUAUCCUCUCCUCAAGGAAAUGAUCUUCUCCACUUAUGGAAAAGGGAUCUUUGACAGAAACAUGAAAUGUUGGGCCUAACCUAAGACAUUAAUGGGCCUAAUUAGAAAAUUCUUUAGUACAGUAAUUAUGAGUCCUGAAAAUAAUGCUUUUCCUGAAAAAUAAAAACUCUUGGACCGGUCAAACAUUGAGACCGGAAUUAACAUAUUGUACGGUCAUUAACAACAUUGAGAUCAUUGAGACCGGUCAUAACGUCUGAAACUUGAAACCUAUAUCAUCAAUUAUAGAACAAAAAGUUCUCAGCAAAUCCAUUAAAAUGUUGGAGGGGAGCUCGAAAAAUCUCAUAUUAAUCUUCUCUCUCUUUGUGAAUUUGAAAAGUCCUCAAAUCUCCUAUAACUGAUCAUUUAAACUUAUCAAUAAAAUUGCAU